AUGAGCGGCGCCGAUGACCUGCUAUUCGAUCCCUCUCUCAUACCCGCUUCCUGCUCGGAGUCUCUAGGUUCGGAUCUGGAGCUCCGACCGCUUCGAGCCUCUGAUGGCGACCGCGGCCAUCUCGAGCUUUUGACAGUACUGACGGUAGCUCCCAAGCUGUCAUCGCAAUCAUAUGCGGACACCUUCAACCACCUCAGAUCCUGCCCCAACACCUAUUUCACGAUUGUCAUCAUCGUUUCAUGCGGCUCUAUCAUCAUUGAGCGCAAGUUCGUCCGCAGUUCGGGCCUUGUCGGUCAUAUCGAAGACAUCGCGGUGUCAAAGUCCAUGCAGGGCAGGAAGCUGGGACUGAAGAUCAUCAAUACGCUGGAGGAGGUCGGGAGGGGGCAAGGGGUGUACAAGAUCAUCCUGGACUGUAGCAAGGAGAACAUACCUUUCUACGAGAAAUGCGGGUUCAAGCACAAGGAGUACGAGAUGGUACGGUAUAUCGAGGCUGCGCCUUCGGGAUCGAGCAAGCCGUCGUCUCCGGCGAAGCUCUGA